GAUUCGUAUUGAUAAGUUGGUGGACAAGUGGUCAGGCUCGAUAGAGAUUGGUGUGACCACACACAACCCCAACAACCUGGACUAUCCUGCAACUAUGACUAAUCUGCGCUCAGGUACAAUCAUGAUGAGUGGCUGUGGGAUACUAACCAACGGAAAAGGAACCCGCAGGGAAUACUGUGAAUUCAGCCUUGACGAGCUUCAGGAGGGAGAUCUCAUUGGGUUGAUGCGGAAAGCCAGCGGAGCGCUUCAUUUCUACAUCAACGGCAUCGACCAAGGUGUCGCGGCAGCCCAGACCCCCGGCGUGGUCUACGGAGUGGUCGACCUCUAUGGCAUGGCCGUCAAAGUCACUAUCGUCCACAACCACAACCACAGCGACCGCCUCAGACGCAACAACGCCAUCAUGAGGGCUCUAUCCCCGGAUGUCGGUCGGCCACGGCCGUCUCUCUCCCUCACUCCCGACCCAGAGGGGCCCGACCGCCUGCUCUUCCACCCCAACUGUGGCCAGAAGGCGGCCAUCAUCAGUGACGGCAGGACAGCGCUGCGGCCACAUGCGACUGAUGACUUCAAUCACGGCGUGGUCCUGAGCAGCCGGCCCCUGCGCUCCAAUGAGGUGUUCCAGGUCCGCAUCGACAAGAUGGUGGACAAGUGGGCGGGCUCCAUCGAAAUCGGUGUCACAACGCACAACCCUGCAUACCUGCAGCUGCCCUCCACCAUGACUAACUUGCGCUCAGGGACCUGGAUGAUGACAGGUAACGGCGUGAUGCACAAUGGAACAACAAUACUGGACGAGUACGGACACAACUUGGACCGGCUCAAGGCGGGUGACACAGUAGGUGUGGUGAGGAAAGAAGAUGGCAGCCUCCACUUCUUUGUGAACGGCGUGGCUCAGGGCCCAGCAGCCUGGAACGUCCCACCUAGUGUCUAUGCCGUGGUCGACCUCUACGGGCAGGCUGCUCAGGCCACCAUCAUGGACGACAUGGUGGACCUCCCCCCUCUCCCAGAAGACAGCUCAGAGGGUCCCACGGCCAUGUCCCCCGGGAGCCCCUGCUCAGUGGCUGGGAUCACUACGACUAGCGACCUGCGUUUUCACCAUUUACACGGCACCAACGCCGUCAUCACGAACGGGGGGCGCACCGCCCUGCGUCAGAACUGCCGCAGCGAGUUCAACGAUGCUAUCGUCAUUUCCAACAGGUGCCUUCGAGACGGAGAGCUGUUUGAAAUCAUUAUUCAGAAGAUGGUGGACCGCUGGUCGGGUUCAAUAGAAGCAGGAGUGACAGCCAUCAGGCCAGAGGAACUCGAGUUUCCAAACACCAUGACUGAUAUUGACUACGACACUUGGAUGCUCAGUGGAACAGCCAUCAUGCAAGAUGGCAACACGAUGCGCAACAACUACGGGUGUGACCUGGACUCUCUGACCACGGGCUCACGGAUAGGCAUGAUGCGCUCAGCCAGUGGUGACCUCCACUAUUACAUCAAUGGCGUGGACCAGGGUGUCGCCUGCACCGGUCUGCCACCAGAGGUGUUUGCAGUCAUCGACCUGUAUGGUCAGUGUGUUCAGGUGUCCAUCACCAGCUCCUCAGGUCCCCUGGACAACAGCCUCUGUACCAGCAACAUCACUGAGAAGAGCUUCCCCAUCCACUCUCCAGUAGCAGGCGUUGCUCAUCGGCUCCACAGUAAACACGGUAAGAACGUGGUGCUGCUCGGUGAGGGCUGCCAGGCCGUCAGAGUCGGAGGUUUUGCUCACGGGAUCGUGUUCAGUGCGAAGGAACUCAAAGCGGACGAGUUGUUUGAGGUGAGGAUUGAUGAAGUGGACGAGCAGUGGUGUGGCUCACUGCAUAUCGGUCUCACCACACUGGCGCCCACGGAGCUGCCGUCCUGCCCGCUGUCAGGUCUCUCGCCCUCCCUCCCGCACCUUCGCACCAAGGUCACCUGGCUGUUCUGCGGCUCCGAGGUCCGUCGCAAUGGGGUGCUGCAGCGCCAGAACUACGGCUGUUCACUGGACCGUCUGACGGUUGGGAACCGUGUGGGCGUGAAGAGGUGCAGCGAUGACACCAUGCACAUCUUCAUUGAUGGAGAAGACAUGGGAUCUGCUGCUACUGCAGUGGCCAAGAAUGUUUAUGCAGUGCUGGACCUGUACGGGCGGAUAACAGCGGUGUCCAUCGUCAGUUCCUCGUUGAUGGAGGACAUGGAGAGUGUGAAGGAGCCCUCGCUCUCCUCAGAGAGCUGCAGUGAGGGAGAGGAGGACAGCAGCCCAGUCAGAGAGGUUGAGACUGAGCCAUGUGCACUGGUUCCCACUGUCAUGGCGUUCCUGGAGAACCACGGCAAAAACAUCCAGUUGUCCAACCAGAACCUGACAGCAGCCAGAGUGUCGAGCUACAACCAGGGCCUGCUGGUCACUGCUCAGCCGCUGGCUCGCCAGCAGCUGUUCCAGUUUCAGAUCGAUCGUCUCAAUCCAUCAUGGACGUCAUCGCUGUCGUUAGGGGUGAUAGGCCACUCCCCCGACCGGCUCAACUUCCCCUCCACAGCAUGCUGUCUCAAACGCUCCGCCUGGCUGCUGCAGAGAGACUCUGUCUUCCACAACUCGCUAAAGAUAUGUGAGAACUAUGGUCCUAAUCUGGACACUUGUCCAGAGGGGACAGUGUUGGGUCUGCUGGUGGACGCUAACAGCUGUCUCCACCUCUAUGUCAAUGGCAUGGACCAGGGUGUGGCGGCACAGGACAUCCCUUCACCUUGUUACCCCUUCAUCGACCUCUACGGCCAGUGUGAACAG